UACAUCUAUAUAGUUCGACUGAGUUUGGCGGCAAGACGCUUGUGAAAGCGAGUACGACACGCGUGCAAGAUGGAAAUCGUGGAAAGAAGGGAAUCUUUACGGGGACUGUUUCAGGAUUUGGGCUGUAAAGUCGAGAGUGAUGCCGUCCUCGAUAAAUGUUUCGAAUUUUGUGAGUCUUACGAUGUGGAUGUGGAGAAGCUCACAGAAUUAUGGCUUACUUUUUGUGUCAAUAAUAACACUGAUAUCGAUCCCACCGUUAACACUCUGAUCAAGAUGGAACAUGCAGUAUUAAAGGAUUAUAAGUUGCAUGAUUCAACUGUAGAAAAUAAUGUAAAUCAAGAACAAAGCACAGCAGAAAAACACUUUAUCUCAAAAGAAGUUGCCAAAAAUGAUGAUGUACUUAGUAUGUAUGGCUGUGCUGAAAGCGGACCGUCGAAGCGUAUGCGAAAGAGUCCGGAAGUAGAAAUCGACACGGAUGCAAGGGUUAGUAAAACGAGAGUUGCGGAAUCAUUUUCAUCAGCUACCGUCUCUGAAAAUUCAAGCACGCCGAGUCAGCGUAAUAUAACGGAUAAGGUUUUACUUUCUACUGGCGAGGCUGUCGUGUCUUGGAAGAGAACAGGCGAUCACGAUGUCGACGUUACAAAAUCCGACGAACCGCAUGUCCCCAGCGAUGCGAAGUAUAUGUACGAAAUCCUGUCGAAGCAAGGACACCUUAUCACGUUUGUGUGCCAGAAUUUGGGCAGCAGACUGGUCAAGGCAUGGUCGGCAGCGACCGACAACUCUGCCCAGCCGCGUUACGUGAAAAAUGUGCGAAGCGUGAGUCAGAUAAACUUCCGGACGUUCGGCCGUAUCAGAGUGAAGAAGGGAUCCGCGAACACGGUGGUGUUGGAGGGUAGUACGAGGCGGAAGGGCGCCCCGGUGGCUGACACGGUUGAACUGGACUUCCGGAAUCUGAAACGGUACUCGGUGUUCUCCGGUCAGAUUGUGGCGGUCGAGGCCGUCAAUCCGACACGCGACGUAUUAUACGUGGAGAAGAUAUUUGGAAAGUUAUACGCGCCGCUCGCGUCGACGCCGAAAAUCGAAUCGAGAGUCAAUAUUUUCGUUGCGGCGGGUCCGUUUACCGCGUCUAAUAAUAUGCACUACCAGCCGUUGUGGGAUUUGAUGGAGAAGGUCGCGUCGGAUGAACCGCAGGUUCUCAUAUUAGUUGGACCGUUUUUAGAAUACACACAUCCUGAGAUGCAAGACAACGUUGCGGAUACUUUGUAUCAGGAACAGUUUGAAAAGAUUCUUGCGAGGAUAAUGGAGUCGACACGGAAAAGCACUCAAGUCGUACUGGUAGCUUCCAAUCGCGACGCACAUCACGAACCUGUAUUUCCAACUCCUCAAUAUGCAAUUUUUAAUCGGAAACUGUUACAAAAUUAUUCGAAUUUAAAAUUGAUGCCAGAUCCGUGUAUCCUGAAUGUCGCUGGUUUGAAGGUCGGCAUCACAUCAGUCGAUGUUAUUAAACAUAUCGGAAAAGAAGAGAUAUCCAAUGUGUCAGGUGAUAGACUUAGUCGUCUGGCUGAUCACGUGCUCGCUCAAACAUGUUUUUAUCCUGUGUACCCUCCGCCUGAGGACUUGAACGUAGACGUAGAGUUGUGGGAAAAGUAUGCAUUUUUUGAUCAACAACCACAUUUAUUGAUUUUACCGUCCGAUAUGCGAUGUUAUUAUAAAGUAAUCAACGAAUGUAUGAUACUGAAUCCGGAGCGUAUGCAUAAACACACUUAUGCUAGGUUGAGUGUGAAACCGACUCUAGAAGAUAAAUGGAAUUCUAAUAAUAUCUCGUGCGAGAUUGUCAAAGUUUGAUAGCUUUUAAGUAUAUUCGAGAACAACUUCUUAGACUUUUGUAAGAAACAAUUAUAUUUUUAUAAGCACAUAAAAA